GGGAGACCGAGGGAGGAGGCGGCGAGGAGCGCGCCGGCCGCGGCCGCGGGGGGGGGUUUGGAAAAAUGACUCAGUAAGUUCAGCGCGCCCGCUCCGGCCGGCCCUGCGCCUCCCGCCGCGCCCGGGAUGUAUUCGUCCCCGCUCUGCCUGACCCAGGAUGAGUUCCACCCGUUCAUCGAGGCGCUGCUGCCUCACGUGCGCGCCUUCGCCUACACCUGGUUCAACCUGCAGGCGCGCAAGCGCAAGUACUUCAAGAAGCACGAGAAGCGCAUGUCGAAGGACGAGGAGCGCGCGGUGAAGGACGAGCUGCUGGGCGAGAAGGCCGAGGUCAAGCAGAAGUGGGCCUCCCGGCUGCUGGCCAAGCUGCGCAAAGACAUCCGGCCCGAGUGCCGCGAGGACUUCGUGCUGGCCAUCACCGGCAAGAAGGCGCCGGGCUGCGUGCUCUCCAACCCCGACCAGAAAGGCAAGAUGCGCCGCAUCGACUGCCUGCGCCAGGCCGACAAGGUGUGGCGGCUGGACCUGGUCAUGGUCAUCCUCUUCAAGGGUAUCCCGCUGGAGAGCACCGACGGCGAGCGCCUGGUCAAGGCGGCGCAGUGCGGCCACCCGGUGCUCUGCGUGCAGCCGCAUCACAUCGGCGUGGCGGUCAAGGAGCUCGACCUCUACCUGGCCUACUUCGUGCGCGAGCGAGACGCAGAGCAGAGCGGCAGUCCCCGGGCAGGGAUGGGCUCCGACCAGGAGGACAGCAAGCCCAUCACACUGGACACCACGGAUUUCCAGGAGAGUUUCGUCACCUCUGGUGUGUUCAGUGUCACCGAGCUCAUCCAAGUGUCCCGGACCCCCGUGGUGACUGGAACAGGACCCAACUUCUCCCUGGGGGAGCUGCAGGGACACCUGGCAUACGACCUGAAUCCAGCCAGCACAGGCAUGAGAAGAACGCUACCCAGCACUUCUUCCAGCGGGAGCAAGCGGCACAAAUCGGGCUCGAUGGAGGAAGACGUGGACACGAGCCCCGGCGGUGAUUACUACACCUCGCCCAGCUCUCCCACGAGUAGCAGCCGCAACUGGACUGAGGACAUGGAAGGAGGCAUCUCGUCCCCGGUGAAGAAGACGGAGAUGGACAAAUCACCUUUCCACAGCCCGUCUCCCCAGGACUCACCUCGCCUCUCCAGCUUCACCCAGCACCACCGGCCUGUCAUUGCCGUGCACAGCGGGAUCGCCCGGAGCCCUCACCCAUCCUCGGCGCUACACUUCCCCACGACCUCCAUCCUGCCCCAGACGGCCUCCACCUACUUCCCACACACGGCCAUCCGCUACCCACCUCACCUCAACCCCCAGGACCCACUCAAAGAUCUCGUGUCGCUGGCCUGUGACCCAGCCAGCCAGCAGCCUGGACCGUUAAAUGGAAGUGGUCAGCUCAAAAUGUCCAGUCACUGCCUUUCUGCUCAGAUGCUGGCACCCCCGCCCCCUGGGCUGCCGCGGCUGGCGCUCCCCCCCGCCGCCAAACCCACCUCCGAGGGAGGAAGCACGUCGCCGACCUCGCCCUCCUACUCUACGCCCGGCACGUCCCCUGCAAACCGUUCCUUUGUGGGAUUAGGACCAAGGGAUCCAGCGGGCAUUUAUCAGGCACAGUCCUGGUAUCUGGGAUAAGAAAGAUUUCUUCCCACGCCCUGCUCCUUCGUCGCGGGAUUCCCAGGGGGCCGCACAGCCGGCCCCUGGCCCACGUUUUCAGUGGAAAGUUAGAGCGAGCAAGAACACCCCGCCGACUCCCAGCCUGGCCGAAAAGACAGAACAGACACAGGAGGGAAACAAGCAAAAAGAAAAAAAGGCAAAAAAAAAAAAAAAAAAAAGACAAACGGAGAAAAACACCAUAAAAAUAAACCCACACCCAUCCAAGAAGACAAAAGGUAAAGACGGCAUCCCCUCAAACUCGCGGGACGCCGGGGCCACACCGGAGGGCCAGGCCCCGCCACCGCUCCGAGGCCGCGCAGGGCACCUUCCUCAGUUCCUCAUCUCUGGCUGCUGCUGCACCCAGGACCAGGUGAGCGCGGCCUGGUGCCCCUGCCCAGGCCCCACAGGCAGGACACCCAGCAAGGCCACCUCUCCCUGCGUCCCCGCUGCCUCCGGGAUGUCGGCCGGCCUCCGCCACGGUGUCUGCCGAGUGGGGAGGCCGGCGCUACGGGGACGCUGGGGGGGCCGGCAAGGACCCCAGUGGCGGGCAGCAGAGGCCGCCGUGGAGGCCCCGGUGGGCAGGGAAGCGACGAGGGCAGAAGAGGGUUGUGGGGAGACCCUGGGUGUCGCCAGGGGACUGGGACGCGUGGCAGGAACUUUGUCAGAAGCGUCCUGCCGCCGUGGGACUGCCGUCUGCCCCAAAGUGUGCGCGCUCGGCCGGGCUGGCUCGGGACUUGGUCGUUCAACCCCAUGCCUGCCCUGUUUGGGAGAAGUCUCUAUGCAAUUGACCCCCAGCUCCACCCCGCAGCAUAGGAGGCCACCCCACCCCGCACCCCGCUGGCCCUGCUCCACACCCGCCAGGGGAGGGACCCACGUUGCACACACUGUAAGAAAUGCACUUUCCGAGGAAGGGGCUGGGGGAAGUGGAGAGACCCGGAGCUUCCCAGGAGGGGACACCUGUCCGGAGCCUCCAUCCACCCGAGCCCCGGGAGGGGAGGACCCCCCCUCCCCGCUUAGCCCACGGAGGUGGGAGGUGAGAGCGAGUGGUUUAAGUGCCUGAUUCCCACCGCCCGCCCCCCUUUGUCCAGCUGGAAUGGGAAGUGGCCGCAGGCCCCUUCCAUUCCCUCCCACAACCCGGCCGCCUCCAGUUGCUGACCCUCAUUGCUGUGCUCCCCUCAGAGCUAGAGAGAUGGGACCCCCCCCCCCGUUGGCCGCAGCGGCAAAGCUGGGCACCCCUCCAGCCCUGCUGCGCUCGGGCGCGGGGUGGGAUCAGGGGAGCCAGCAGGCCCUCCUUCACCUCCUCUGCCAGUGCCUUACAUCCUGGAGCGACACCCCCUCCCUGGUGCCUCCCAGCCCAAAGGGGGACCACGGUUUGCACUUUCAUCUUCCCCCGCCGAAGCGGGGCGCAGCCGGGGAGGUGCAUCACAGCUGGGCCCCCGUGAGGAAAGAAGGCUGGGCGACCACAGUCCGUACGAGCCUGGAUGGGGUUGGGGGGUUCUGGCCGGGGGAGGGUGGGUUGGCGCCUAGGGGGUCCCCUGUGGCCAUAUGGGGGACCUCCCAUCUGCUAAACGUAAGCGUUUUCCGUUGAGCCGCUCCAAAAACACUAAGCUGGGGACACCGGGUGCCCCCCAACCCCGGCUCCCUGGCCCCAUCCCCACCCCCACCCCAGGAUGGCCAUCUUGGGUGGGGGGCCUGGGAGGGGGUGUUAGGUGUUCUAGGGUCACCAGGCCCAAACACAGGAACCCCUCCCAUCCCAUCCCAUCCAUCUGAGUCCCAACUGGCCUCCUCCACGCUUGGCCCUGGGGAAGACCUUCCGCACCACGACACCCCACCCCCUGGCCUGGGCCAAAGCCAUCGUCCUGGGCUGGGCUCCACCUCACCUGCUCCCAGCCUGGCCCUCCUGGCCCUCUCCCGGUACCCUAGGCCUGGCCAGCCUCCUCCCACCUCCCCAGAAACUGGACUUUCCUCCCAAACCAGCCGAAGGGGCUUGGCAAACCCAGUCAACCAUAAAGAGAAAGACCCUUCCCCACCAACCCCCCUCCCAUUGUCCAGAGGCAUUCAAGUACCCUUGGUCCGUCCGUCUGUCCCCAGGGCCCCCUCCAAGGGUGGCUGCUGGGGACCAAAGCGUGGGCCGCUCUCCGGGAGGGUAGGAGGGGUGGGUCGUGCAGUUGGGGUAUCCGGAAGCUUCUCAGCCGGGAACCUUAGGGUGCGGGUAGGCGGGGUAGGGGAGGGGCACCUGGCGGCCCCCAGCUACCUAACUUUGCAUGGUGCUUAGUCGGGGAUUCCUGUGACCUGGCUCCUGAUGUCAGCUCGCCGCGGCUGAUACUGCAUGGCAAAUUAUACCUGGCUCUAUCUCCCUCCCCCAGCCCUCCGACACUACCCCCUCCCNUC